AUGUCAGAUUCUACUCUGUCAAACUCAGUAGAUGAGUUUAUCCCACAUACAGUAAAUGAACUUGGGAAGAAAAGCUCAAAUGUCACCGUCACCACCGUGUCUCAACUACCUGAACCAAACUAUGAAAGCAUAUCAGUAAUUAGAGAGAUUUUGUUUAUGUUUUUCAUGUGUAUGUCACAAUUGUUAACACAAGCAGCCGUGUCUCAAACAAUGAACACGCAGUUGAAGAUUGCUGACACGUACAGUAUUCAAGACGACCCGGGUGAAAUGUCUUGGUUUGCUGCUAGUUUUUCUAUGACAGCGGGUACGUUUAUUUUGGUCUCAGGAAGACUAGGCGACAUGUAUGGAUACAAAUGCUUGUACAUUAUUGGGUACUUGUGGUUUGGAGUAUUUUCGUUGUUGUGUGGAUUUGCUGGAUUAACAAAAUCAAAUAUUUUUUUCACAACCAUGAGAGGUUUACAAGGGAUAGGUCCAGCAUUAAUGAUGCCUAAUAGUCAAGCCUUGAUUGCUUCUUUCUACCCAGAAUCGUUCAAGAAAAAUGUUUGUUUAGCUUUGUUUGGGGCAAUAGCCCCCAGUGGGUUUGUUGUGGGAGCCUUGUUCAGUGGAUUAUUGGCUGACUUGGCAAAAUGGCAGUGGACAUUUUGGUUAUGUGGAAUUGUGAGUAUUUGUUUAGCUGCAUUGGCCUUUCUUAUAAUUCCAAAAAAGAUUGGCCUCAAAUCGGGUGGGAAAUUUGACUUCUGGGGUUCUCUUUUUGGAGUGUCUGGUUUAGUUUUGAUUAAUUUUGCAUUCAACCAAGGUCCAAACAUUGGAUGGCAUGUGCCUUAUGUUUAUGUGUUAUUGAUUGUUGGUUUUCUUUGCAUUGUGGCAUUCCAUUUUGUCGAAGAAAGAGUAGAAGAUCCGUUGGUGCCAAAAGAAGCCUUACAAGGUGAUACAGGGUUUAUCUUAGGUUGUAUUGCUGCUGGCUGGUCAUGCUUUGGUGUUUGGUUGUUUUAUACGCUUAGGUGGUCACUUGUGGUGGAUAAUGACAAUACAGUGAUGUCUGCUGUCAAGAUGAUUCCAUGUGGACCUAUGGGUGUUAUUGCUGCAAUCAGUGGUGCUGUAUUGUUAAUGAAAAUACCAUCAGCAAUAGUUAUGUUUCUUGCCAUGAUGGCAUUUUUCAUUGGCAUAGUAAUAAUGGGAACUAGGCCAGUGGGGCAAAUAUACUGGGCACAAAAAUUUGUCAGUUUGUUAAUUCAACCCAUUGGAAUGGAUAUGUCAUUUCCAGCUGCCUGUAUUUUAUUGAGUUCCUCAUUGCCAAGCCGUCAACAGGGAAUAGCUGGGUCCUUGGUUUCAACAUUUGUCAACUACUCGAUCUCUAUUGGGUUAGGAUUUGCCGGUACAGUUGAAUACUACACUACAAAGAAUAAAGAGUCAAAUUUGAAUACAAGCAUACUUGGAAUGAGGAAUGCAUUCAGAAUGGGAAUGGGGUUGGCUGGUGUGGGUGUUGUGCUCUCUUCCAUAUUUAUGUUAAUCCAAAUCAUCAACAGAAGAAAGCUGGCACGGUUACAAGAUAUAUAA